CUGUUGUAAUCUCAUACACUUACGCAGCAACUCAAAUCAUAUGAAAGCCGGACAGUAGGCACAAGUCUUUAGAAAAGUACAGAGGAGUCACUGUAGACGUCCAUUAACAUUUUUGAUUGUUUAUAUCAUCUUCUGUAAUUAAAGUGGCCAAAUGUGGGAUUGUGUGCGUCGUAGUAUAUUCGGAGAAGUGUAAUUCAUAGGUCGGCCGGCAUAGCCAACUGUUCAGCUGGAACAAUUGGAGAGCGCAACUUGCCUGACCAUGAUGGACACGGCAAAUGGAAUGGGGCCGGAAUUAGGCGAUCUUGACUUUCAGUAUGCGGACGCCGAUUCGCUGCAGGUGGAGCUUUCGGAACUUUAUUCGUACUCAGAAGAGCCAGAGCUCCGAUUGGGCCCUGAAAAAUUAACUCGCUUUGUGGGUGCUUCCGCUUGGCGGUCAGGAAACGAGAUAGCUAUCGUUCGGCGUCUUCUGGAAGCAGCUGAAAGCGCCAACGAGGACAUCCGGAGUGACGCUGUCAGCGCAUUGCUUUAUAUUUCGCAGGGAACGUGGGCCGAAGCUGACGUUACAGAACUUGAAUUGUCGGAGAGGAGUGCGCGCGUGAUUGCAAACGUGCGCACAAAUUGCCUCCUACUUUAUUGUCAGGGUGCGUGGCCCCUGUUGCUCCAAUUACUGAGACUGGAAACCGAACGGCCAGCUCCGCCAAGUAAUACGCUGUGCCUUGCAGAUUCACGGAAGCUUCGUACAAUCGUGUCUCUGCUGUGUACUAUUGCUGAGGUAUUCCGUCAUAUUGGGCCAGACUCUAGCAGGAGUGAACGGUUGCUAAAAGCCACUUUCUGUGAAGAAUUGUCUCAACCGACCAGUAGCUCUCCAGACAGUUUGGUGGCGUUGAGUCUCCUUCAAAUGGUGACUGCGUUUUGCAAUGGGUCAUCUCCGCAUUUUCCUGUAAAAAAGCUACUUCUUUUAUUAUGGAAAUCACUACUGUUAUCGCUUGGUGGCAUUGAGGAGCUCAAACAACUCAAAGCCGAUGCUCGCCAGAGAGAAGGUCUGCCGGCAGCAUUGCCUGACACGACAGACGUAGUAAAGGGAAUGCGGCCUGCAUCGCCACCUGCCUCCCUAGUAGACAUGAUUGAGGUGCAGCAACAGAGGAAGUCAAGCCGGGGCCAAUUCAAACGUCAAAGCCUAGUGAAGCAGAGUUCAAUGGAUGACCAGGAACCUGGAGCGGGUGGGGGCCCACCGAAUGGAGGGGUUGUGCCCGAACAGACUAAUAUUGACCCAACCGAAUUGCCAGACGGAAUGCCUGAUGAACGCCCCCUCGGUGAACCAGCGGCGGUAGGUGAGCCACAAAUCGCACGUUCAGACUCUCAAGAGAAAGACACCAAAAAUGGUUUAAGUAGCGAAAGAGCGAACAGCGACGAUAAGGAAAAGACUUCUAAAGAUCGGCGAGGACUGCCGUGGCAGCCAAAAGCUGCGUUACGAGACAUUGAUAAUUUCCUCGCUCAGGCGCGAAUGAAAUUUGUCUGCUUUCAACUGCCAAAUGACACGACUACGUUAGCUGGUUUGCCAGAACCAAUCCUUCAAGGUCUGCGAGUCCUCGAACGCCACAAGUACACCCCGUUAAGUGAAGCUCAAAUUAUGCGCGAGAUGCAAAUUGAGAGACAUCCAUUCACUCAUCAAGUCGAAUUGCAGGAUACACCAGCAGAACGGCUCUAUCAGACCCUUCUUCCGCAGAUGCCUCAACAUAUGAUCUCGUUGCUAAAGAUUUUGCUGGCCGCUGCGCCAACUUCGAAGGCCAAAACCGAAUCAGUCAACAUCCUGGCGGAUAUUCUGCCGACCGCAGACGCGUCACCCGAGAAUUGUGCGUCCGGUAUCCAGGGCGCCCUUCUUGGUUUUGAUAUUAAUCGACAUAAGGAGGUUCUGGUGAAGGCAAUCGCGGCUGUACUGUUACUACUAUUGAAGCAUGUAAAAAUCUCACAUUGUCUUCAGUUUGAAUACAUCGCGCAGCAGCUAAUGUUUGCCAAUUGCAUUCCUCUUGUUUUAAAAUUCUUUAAUCAGAACGUGGUAUCAUAUGCGGCGGCGAGACACACUCUACCUUUCUUCGAAUUUCCUAGAGUUGUUCUUGAACGAUCUUCCGAGUUGGUGCACGAAAUGAUGGAGGGUUGCACUGAGGUGCCUGAUCAAUCGUACUGUUGGCGAAACGUCUUCGCGUGCAUUAACCUUUUGCGCAUCUUGAAUAAACUGACGAAAAAUAAGCAUUCGCGCGUCAUGAUGUUGGUAGUGUUCAAAAGCGCUCCGAUCCUUAAGCGUGCUCUCAAGGUACGCCAGGCUAUGCUGCAAUUAUACGCCCUAAAGUUACUUAAAAUGCAAACUAAGUAUCUGGGUCGGCAAUGGCGAAAAACAAACAUGAAGACUAUGUCAGCUAUCUAUCAUAAAGUACGCCAUCGCCUUGGGGACGACUGGGCGUACGGAAGUGAUCUUGAUGCGCGUCCUUGGGAUUUCCAGGCGGAGGAAUUUUCACUCCAGGCGGCUAUUAACGAUUUUCAUCGACGGCGGUAUGAUCGUUUACCGGGAGCUCAUCCAGGUGGCGCUGGCAAUCAAAACAGUACGGGAGGUUCCCACGGCGCAGAGGUGGAUCCUCUUCUCGAUUUGGAACCUGUCGACAAUUGUUUUCUUUCUGUGCUGGGCCGCCAGUUCGAAUUACUUCCAGAUUUCAAAGAGAACUAUCGCUACUGGCUGAAAUGUCAGGUCUACGAUGCGGCCAUUGAAUGGGAAAAACUGCUUGAGUCACCUAAUCUUUAACCUGUAGAGUAUCGUUUGUACCCAUAGAUGAACAAACACUAAGAAGAAUCCUAACUGUAAUUUUUUUUGGCCGAAUUUGACGUGUGAUUGUAUAUGAGAAAUACGUAAUGAUGCGUAUGGUGAACUCAGUUUGAAUUGUCCAAAGUUUUUUGCAGUACCGUCCUGCUAAGCAGUAGCUAAAACUGGUAACUUAGAAACAGAGCUAAUAGCUUCCAUAUGAAAGAUUGAAAGAAUCUUUCCAAGCCAGCUACGAAAUUAGCCAGAUCGUUAAGCACCGGAUAGCCCCGGAAAAGCCAAAUAAUACUGUAACGUGUAAAUAAGAUAAAUGGUACAAUUAAUAUCAACAAUGCUAAUAAUAAAAAUAAUGAAACGAUCGUCUAAGUUUGUCCUAAAAUAUA